CGAGCUCGAAUUACGUUCCGGACCACGUUCGUGCUGGUCACCACGGUCAACAUCCUGGUGAUCUACAGCAUCGGCCGCUUCUGGAUGUUCGCCGUCGGCCCGUACACGUCCCGCCACGUGAGUGCCGUGGGACACCGGCUCAAGACCUCCGGAUGCACGAUGCCGCAGUUCGACCCCUUCGACCCGUCCGUGAGCCGCUACUUCAGAAGAGCUCGAGACAAGAGGUGCCCCGGCAAUCCCGAUUUCAUCUAUCUGCGGGAAGGCGUUCCGUUAAUCAAAGAAGAGGUGCUCCGGCUGCGUGACACACGUCCUGAAGAUAUGGAAUGUUUCUAUCGGGAGAUCUACCGGAACGACACUCUCGACAAGCCCGAUGAGAAAUAUUUCUAUGGAAGGAAAGUCCCGUUGAAGUUCGGCGAACGUCUGAACAAAGAGUUUAUGUUCGUGGAAUGCUCCCUAAAAUCGAACCUGGCAAAAGUCUUCCACGAUCAGUUCUUGCUCAACCCCAUAUUAAAGGCAAAUGUGGAGUUGCGAUGCCAAGGCGCUUCUAAGAGGGCGUCGCACAACUUGAGCGUCUUGGUCCUAGGUUUGGAUUCGGUGUCUAAUUUGAACUUUGUGCGGCACCUACCACAGACUGGAGCUUAUGUUCGAGAUGGGCUCGACGCAUUCGAACUCUUUGGCUUUAACAAAGUCGGAGACAAUUCAUUUCCAAAUCAACUUCCACUUAUUACUGGAAUGAACGCUGCGGAGGCCUAUAACGCUUGUACAGAUAAAUUCUUCGACAAUAUCAAUCUCAUUUGGAAGAUGUAUGCUGGGCGUGGCUACAGGACUAUGUUUCUAGAAGAGUCUCCUUUUUACGGCCUGUUCAAUUAUUUCUUAAACGGCUUCCACGAGGCUCCCGCCGACUACUAUCCCCGACCUCUCAUUCAAGCAAUGGACGAUUCUCCCAGAAAGCGGUAUGCAUUCGACGAUGUGCGCUGCCUAGGACCUCACAUGCCCUUCGAGAUGCUGCUCGAUUACCUUAGCCGAUUCACAAUUCAAAUGAAUGGCCGACCAUUUUUUUCAUACGCCUGGAUCAGCGAGACAGCGCACGACUCGUUCAACGCAGUUGGCUACGCGGAUGCACCCUUCCUCAAGCACUUCCGCACACUCAACGACUCUGGAGUGCUCAACCACACCGUGGUGGUAUUCCUCAGCGACCACGGACUUAGGUUUGGCGACGUUCGGUCGACGUUCAUAGGAAAGUACGAAGACAGGCAGCCCUUUGCGUUUCUAAUCUUUCCGCGAUGGUUCCUGGAGGCUCAUCCCGAUGUCGCGAGGAACCUCCGACGGAACCAGCGGCGACUCACGACGCAUUUCGACGUUCACGCGACGCUUCUGGAGCUCCUUGACUUUCCGCAACAACAACCGCCUCCGCGAACAAAGUACGGCAUCAGUCUCUUCCAUGAGGUACCGGAAACGCGGACCUGCGCAGAGGCUUCCAUUUCGCACCACUGGUGCACUUGCCAAGCGGAUGGAGACACGGAUGUGACGCCAGCAUUCGCCAUGUCCCUCGGAGAGCGUCUCGUGGAUCAAAUCAACGAGUGGGUUCGAAAAGAACCCCGCAAGUGUCAACCGUUUCAUCUGGUUGACCUAAUGGACGUCACGGCUUUGCAGCCGACCCAAGAAGACAAGACGUCCAACGUCAGCCAUUACUGGGUGACAGUGCGGGUGUCCCCAGGUGGAGGCGUCUUUGAGGCGACGCUUCGAGUCGACGGACGUGCAGAAAACAUAUCCGUGUUGGACCAAGUGAGCCGGUGCAACUGGUACUUUGGUCAGUCGUACUGCGUGGCGGACCACUGGUUGGAAAAGUUUUGCUACUGUAGACGGACGUUCGGAUUCUUGCUGUGA